UCUCCGCCACACUCACCAGCCUCAACUUUGAUCAUUCAAAUCACUCAAUCAUCAUCAGCACAUGCCGCGGUCUCGUGGCCUCGCCGCGCCAUGGCUCUGGGUGUUCUGGUCAGCAGGCUCUCUCCCGAACACGCGCGUGAUAUUUCGCUUCCACUUACUUCCCAUCACGCGCUGGCUGGUGGCUUAUCUCAACCCCUCAAGCCACGAUGAUGAAGUGCGAAACCGACACCGCCGCCCAUUCCGCUUCCGCCUGGGCGCCCCCGCGCUCGCAAGUACGCUCCUGUGCACACCGCGUCAAGUGGUUCGCACCGGCGCCAUGGCGCCCCAUACAAAUUGGCCCACUCAUACGCAUGCACAUCAGCCAUAAGCUGGGCCGGCGCACAGGCUCGGCGUUUUUACCACGCGGUGGGAGGGAGAGGGGAGGGCACGGGGCGCUGGCCAGACUGUAGUGUCUGCCAAGAGGCAGCCACAUUCCGUGUCACCUCUUGUACCGGGCGGGUCAUGGCAAGACUGGUGUUCAGGUUGACGUUGUAAAACUUGUCUCGCAGUGGUCCGACGACGCCG